AUGCUGUGGCCCUACCAGUACCCAGAGUGCGGCACUGGUUGGUGUCCCACCUGUUGGCGGAAUACCUCCGCGGUGCCCGCCGAGUCUAGAGCAGCGCCUUUCGCAGCAUUGGGCUAUGCAGCCUCUAUGGCUGUAAGCAGCCCCAAGGUCCUUGAACCACAAGGCACCGAACGCCGGCUUUCGGAUGUUACCAGGCACGCCGGCAUCGCCUCCCGGAAGAUGCUGGCGAGAGCCCACCACGGCCGCCGGAGCCGCGUGGUGGACCUGUGCCCCCGCAUCACGGAUUGGGAGGAGUACUACCUGAAUGACGAUGCCGAGAACGUCCACGCGCGCGUGUACAAGUCCGCUCGGGCAGAAGUGGCGGUGGUCUCAUUUCGAGGGACCCAGGCCACGUCAGCGCAGAACUGGGAGAUUGACUCGGACAUCACGAUGCUUCCGGUGGAGCUGGGUGCCCCUGGGCCCCACAAAGCAGCCUCCUCGGAGGCGAUGGUGCACGAGGGCUUCUACCUGGAGCUCCAAAGGGUGCUGCCCCAUGUGCGCAAGUGGGUGGAGGGCUACAUCCAGGGCACCCAGGGCCUUUUCGGUAUUCCCAGCUACUGGAAGCUUGUCUUCACUGGCCACAGCCUGGGCGCUGCCCUUGCCGUCCUGGCCGCGACCCUGGCUGAGGCAGAAGGCUGGCCGCGCACCCCGGACGCAGUGGUCGUCUUUGGGUCACCGCGUCUUGCAGACCAGGCACUUAGCGACUGGUGGGAGUCCCGAAACCUUUGCGGCAAGCUGCUGCGAGUGGGGGUCUACAACGACGUCAUCACCUGGAUGCCUUUUGUUGAACCCGUGCAAAUCAUGGACAUUGUCAGCUACUGCCUGGAGAAUGUCAUGAGUUGCCUCAGUCAGCUGGCCAAUGGCCCCAAGUCAUUGCACCCGAGCAAGAGGUGGGCCCACGUGUGCCCCCGCAGCGAGCUGCUGGUUCCUGGGGCCAUGAAGGGCGUAAACGUCGGCAUGGAGGACUUCUCGUUGAUGGGUGGCGCCCUAGCUCACUUCCUUGGCAACGCUCUCUUCGGCUAUGCGUUUGGAGUUGUGCACAGCGACCUGCCCCGGCACGACGGCUUCUGCGGCUUUCGGGGGGGUUUGCUGCCUGCGGCCAGCUGCACUGUUCUGGAGCAGCUGGCGGAUGUGGUGUGCUUCGGCCUGCGCCACGACACCAACGCGACCUCGAGCAAGAGCUGUCACGAGCACUGCUGUAAGGACGAGUUCUGCAGCGUAUGGCAGUUCAUGCGGAACGGCCAAUGCUGGAGGGGCCGCAGCGAGCAGUGCACCAGCUUUCAUCCUUAUGCCGGUGAGGUGGCCGCGGGGGAGAGGCUGCAUUGA